AUGAAGCAUAAGAAGACGACGGUGAACCUCCUCAGCGUGAAACAGAGGUUGGACGAGUCGAUCCGGUCAUAUGUCUCCCGGUUCAAUAAAGAAUCCCUGGAUGUUAGAGACCUGGAUGAGGCCACAACUCACACCGCGAUGAGCAAUGGACUUACACAUGAAGACCUGAUCAAGGACUUGGCUCGAAAGCCGACCAAAAGUAUGGCCAAGCUCCUUGACAGGUGUAACGAGUUUGCGAACAUGGAAGACGUUCUCCAAGCACACAAAGGGAAUGAAAAUGAGGGAGAGAAGAAAAGGUUAGCGAUCGAUGACCGAAGGGAUGAAAAGCGGACCAAGACUGACCGCAGAGCCGAGAGCUCAGACCGAGCUCAGAGUCCCGAGUACACUCCCUUAAACAGGUCGCGGAAGGAAAUUUUGAUGCAAAUUCAAGAUGAUGGGUACAUACGCCGACCUCGACCGAUGCAAGCCGAGUCAUCCCGAAACCCCAACAAGUACUGCCUAUUCCACAAGGACGAAGGCCACGACACCGAGGAGUGCUACCAGCUGAAACGAGAAAUCGAAGAGCUGAUCAGAGCAGGGCACUUGAAGAGCGAGGAGACCCGUUCAACGGGUAUUGAUCGAUACGGGAGCAUCCUUGGAUCUUAUGUCGCUGGACGUGUAUCGACAGUUCGGCUUCGAGGAUGA